GUGCUUGUGUGGCGAUUUAAAGCAGUUCUGUAAUCUCUAAUCCCAUUUGGUCAUCAUGCUUGUCUACCUGCUUCUCCUCACAGUCAUCGCGACUGUCGAGGCUCAGAGAGUUCAAGGUCAACAGACGUCUGAUUCAUGUUUGUGUAAAAUAAACAGCUCUAUUUGGACUUUUCCUAUUUUUCAUUUUGAGGAAGUCACAAGACAGGUCCAGAUUUGUGAGGACAACCUGAAUGAGUUUGAGGAAAAGAUGAGGAACACAAAUGCAGAACUGCCUAUGAUGGAAGCCACUCUGCAGAACAUCUCAGCCCGUCUAAAAGCAUUUGAUUACCUGCACACAAGUGGACUGUACAGCGAACUUCAUCUGCGACAGCUGAACCAGGAACUUGAGGAAAUCCAUCAAUCUGUCAAUGAAACACACAUGCAGAACCCCAACAAAGAGACACAUAACCUGCUCAGUGAGUUAAAUAAAGCAAAGAAUGAUGUCCAGAGGAUGUACAGAGAUGAUUUCUUCAACCUAGAGACCAUGAGGAAGAGGUUACGUGAGCUCAACAACCGUGCACAGAGUUGCAAGACCAUGCCAAAUGAUUUCAGAAGUUCUUGUCAUCAGCGCACUAUGACCAGAAUAAGUUCUCCAGUUGUUACCAAGCUCAAUUCCAUCAGCAAGUCCUAUAUUUCUGGUUCUUGGGGCCGUGAUGCCCUGCUAAGCAGUACAGAACACUAUUGGGAACACUGUCUGGUGAGCGAUCACAGGCGUGGCAACACAAUCAGGAUGUACAACUCACUUGAAGAUUUCAUGGCCAACAAUUACUACAAAGAUGUAGAGAUAGCACCAUCCUACAGCCAUGAGAAUGCUGUUCAGGGCUCUGGCACUAUUCUGUAUGACAAUACUGUAUUUUACCAAUGCUACGACACCGCUAAAAUCUGCAGCUUCAACAUUACAACUCAAGCAACCAAGCGUGUAGAACUAGCUGGUGCUGGAAUCGACAACAAGUUCCCUUUCUGCUACUACAGCUGUCGUGAUUGGACCGAUAUCGACCUGGAGGCUGAUCAAAAUGGUGUUUGGGUGAUAUACGCCACUGAUGAGAACCACGGCAACAUUGUUGUGAGCCGUUUAGAGCCAGUGUCACUCAAUAUCACUCAUACCUGGAAGACGCGUCUCUUUAAGAGGUCCGUCACCAGCACGUUUAUGGUGUGCGGGGUCUUGUAUGCUACACGCUUUGUCAAUACUUACAAAGAAGAGGUGUUUUAUGCUUUCGAUACAACCACUGGUCAUGAGAUAAACACUCUUUCUUUGCCUUUUGAGAAGGUUUCUGCUGGUAUAGCCAAUCUGAACUACAAUCCAGUUGAUGGAAAACUCUACUUGUAUAAUGAUGCCUAUCUUUUAGCAUAUGAUACCUUCUUCUAAGUGCAUUUCAAAUGCAGUUACCCAAUAAAA